AUGAUCCUCACACUGGCCUAUUUCAUGCUGGGCACUCUACUACUGGGUGUGUUCGCAGAAGACACGGUGUCGCAGAUUGGUAUAAAUGACAGUUUAUGGUAUCCGUACGACGAAGCACUGGUGUUGAAGCCGCUGCCCAACAAUGAUCUGCUACUCUCAUUUGCAUUCCAACUGCAAUCGGAACCGUUUGACCCGGCCGUAUCAUCCAUGUCAUAUGAUGCGUAUGAGCACUACACGACUUUCCCACGGGCCAUCCCACCAUUGUUGGAAUCUACUGCCACGCGUCAGUUUCAUUUAAGAUUUACCAGAGGAUUCUGGGAUGCCCUGUCGUGGGGACAGUUGCCACAUGCUGGAAAAGAGGCAGGUGCCUCAGGUGUGGAAUUGUGGUCGCAAGUGCAGGCCAUGGAUCAGGAACAGGCGUUCCAUAAUUGGAAAAAACUGUCCAAUUCAUUGAGCGGAUUGUUUUGUUCUUCUUUAAAUUUUAUCGACGAGUCAAGGACGACCUUUCCCCGGCGGUCAUAUGCUUCUGAUAUAGGAGCUCCUCUUUUCAAUAGCACCGAGAAACUGUACCUGAUGCGAGCAUCGUUGCCCAAUGAACCCAUCUGUACCGAGAACUUGACGCCGUUCAUAAAACUAUUGCCUACUAGGGGCAAAUCCGGUUUGACAUCUCUCUUGGAUGGUCAUAAAUUGUUCGACUCUCUAUGGAAUAGUAUUUCCUUGGAUAUUGCCACUAUUUGUUCUGAAGAUGAAGAUGCUCUUUGUCACUACGAGAUGGACGCACGCAUAGAAAUGGUAACACACGUUCCCUCCGCCUUGGCAAGAGGUGAGAGACCUAUCCCCAAACCUUUGGAUGGGAACACAUUGCGUUGUGACACGGAUAAACCCUUUGAUUCUUACCAAUGCUUCCCUCUACCGGAACCUUCGCAGACUCACUUCAAGCUGUCUCAGCUGUUUGCCAGACCAAUAAACAAUGGCAACCUGUUUGCUAAUAGGCCCACAAGAAUUUGUGCAGAAGUUGACCGUUCUACCUGGACUGCGUUUUUGUCAGUUGACGAUACUAUUUUCAGCACACAUGAUAAUUGCUUUGACUUAUCAAACGAUCAAAAUGAGGGUGGUUCGGGCUACGACUUUAUUUUAGAAUCGACGGACACUACUAAAGUUACUCCCAUAGUUCCUGUCCCAAUUCACGUAAGCAGAUCUCUGACUGGUAAUGGACAAGAUCGUGGUGGAAUGCGUAUUGUUUUCCAUAACGACAAUGAUACCCCUGUGAAGUUGAUUUAUUUCGAAUCAUUGCCAUGGUUCAUGAGAGUUUACCUAUCCUCUCUUCAAAUUACUUCUACUACCUCUCCGCAAUUGCAAGAAAACGAUAUCAUCUUAGAUAAAUACUAUUUACAAGCGGCCGAUAGAAAAAGACCUGGCCACUUGGAGUUCACGAUGUUAAUUCCAGCUAAUACGGACAUUGUAAUGACUUAUCAAUUCGAUAAAGCUCUUCUGCAAUUUGCCGAGUAUCCACCAGAUGCAAACCAUGGUUUUGAAAUCGAUGCAGCUGUAAUCACCGUGCUAUCUUUGGAGUCCUCAUCGUCUCUUUAUGAAAUGAGAACCUCUACCCUAUUGUUAUCCCUGUCUACACCGGAUUUUAGUAUGCCGUAUAACGUCAUCAUUCUAACAUCUACAAUCAUGGGACUCAUAUUCGGUAUGCUAUACAAUUUGAUGGUGAAGAGAAUGGUCACCGUCGAAGAGGCCGAUAAGAUUACGUUGCAAUCUGGCUUAAAAUACAAAUUGCUAAAGCUAAAGGAAAAGUUCCUAGGGAAAAAAAAGACUAAAACAGACUAA